GCAGCACUACGACGCCUGUCACGCGGUACAGUCACGCGCACCUCUCGCGAACUCUCGAAUCGAACGCUAGCUGCACUCGCGCGUACCGAGCACGCGGCGAAAAUAGUGAGCUCGUGGCCGGGAACGGCUCGUGGCCGGUGCACACCUGUGACGAGCGGCGCGAUGGUGCCCGCGCUGCUGGUGCUGGCGCUGGCGGCGCUGGCGCCCGCGGCCGCGCGCCGGCACGCGCCUGACCUGCGCGAGGACGAGCCCGCGCGUCGCGCCACCCGCCCCGCCGAAUGUCAAUUCGGGAAACAAGCGAAGGAGCUCGGCUCCACGUGGUUCGCAGACCUGGGCCCGCCCUUCGGCGUUAUGUACUGCAUCAAAUGUGAGUGUAUGCCGGUGCAAAAGAAGCGACGGGUGGUGGCAAAAGUCCAUUGCCGGAACAUCAAGAACGAGUGUCCCGAACCCUCUUGCGACAACCCUGUGCUCAUGCCUGGACGAUGCUGCAAGAUGUGCCCUGGGGAUACCAGCUCGCCCGAUGUCCUGCAAGAUGAUAGUCCGACUGCUGUAGUUAUUACCAAUACCGACGAGGAAGAACUUAGUAUGAAACAUUUCGGCGCUUUGCUAACCGGUCGUUCGCCGCUGUGCAUCAGGCGCGACGACAUGACAGGCGUGCCCGUAGCACCAGGUGUGGCCACAGCGCGAUUCACGUUCCGCCGCAGACAUCUCUACUGGUCCGCUAUUCUGGGACCCACAAUGGCUCAACCUAGAGCGCUCGCGUUUCUUGACAGAGGUGGAAGACUAUUACUUGAACAACCUUUGAAAAAAGCCCCUGGGAUUCACGCUACUUACGAAGAGAAAACCGAUAAGUUAUGCGGCGUCUGGCGCCGAGUGCCUCGGGAAUAUAAGCGGUUGUUAAGAGAAGGCUCUCUGUACGUCGCACUGAUAUGGGGUGAUGAGAAGAACAACUCGAUGGAUAGCGCUUUGAUUGGCCGCAUUAAUAGAUAUCCAGCCUUAUCUUCAGAGAUGUUCACGUCUUUGUUAGAGCCAGAACAUCCUCCGGAUUCUUUUGGUAUUGGCGCUUGUGAUGACUUCCGUGUGCCUGGGCAAGAAGAGGGGUGGUGGGGAGGAACCGUUGUAGUUACGGGAGCCGCAGGUGCAGCUCCAAGUUUGUAUUUGGCGUUGGUGUACAACGGAAUUUUUGGACCGAAUGCAAGAGACCAGGCUGUGAGGGUUUUGUUGACGUUACCUGAAAAGAAUCAGACUAUUAUCGAUGAGGUUCAAAAAGUUCCCAAACCCGGUUACGAACUUAAUGUCCUCGAAGUCUCGACGCCAGUAUCGGCUGCUGAGCUACGUUCUCUGGUACGCGGCCGUCUACUCCUUGCAGUCGAAGCUGUGGGAACUCCUGAAAGAAGAAUAAUUGGUUCGGUGGGACAGAGAGCUGCCUGUGAAGUAUUCCAUACACCUUUGUUAGCGGAAAGGGCACCAGCAUCUCCACCUCCCGAAGGGUUGGCUAUGGUUUAUAUUGAUAAGGAAGGAUCGCUUGUUUAUGACAUCCAGGUAGACAACUUAGGAAUAACCGAUCCGAAAAUAACUUUGGUAGAGGAGCAAGGAAAACGUCACUCUCAAGUGGAAAUUCUGGAUACGAGAAUGGGUGUUCUAGCCAGACCAAGUGCUCGAAUCUUUCCGCCACUGUAUGAUGAGCAGUUAACAGUCCAUAUUGGUGGUGACGCUGGACCUCCAAUACUCCGCGGGCGGCUCACUUCAAGACCAUUGCCUGACGCUGCAGGUUCUGGGCCGGCGUUACUGAGACGAACCGACGCGCGAGUUCCAGCCACUGCUACUCCAGUAGCCGGUUUAGCUUGGCUAUCUGUUGACGCUCUAUGUGGACUGCAUUACGAGGUGGUAGUAUCUGGUAUGACAAGCGCGUGGACACCCUGGUUAGAAACCCAUACAGGCAGUGGUGGAGGGUCUCGAAACCUUGCCGGCGCUGAGGGUUGUGUACUGGAGCCAACUCCUGGAGAACUUGCGGCUCUUCAUGCCGGCGCGGCGUACCUUGACUUACGUCCAGCUGAUAACAAUGACACGCAAUUGAUGCGUACGCGAUUACCACAGAUAAGUGUACCUCCCGCGUGUCUGCCAACAGUGCUAUGGUUUGACAAUGCAUUGAACGCCAACCAUGCACCAACGCAAGUGAACUCAUCACCGCCUGACAACUCACUGUCCUACUCUGCUUCCUGUAACUACGCUGGAAGGCUUUACGAAGAUGGCGCUCAAUGGAUGGCUUCUGAGUCUUGUCAUAUGUGCGGAUGCUUCCAUGGUUUGGUGCGUUGCGAGCCUAUGCGAUGUCCGCCCAUCAGCUGUGCUGUGCCCAUCAUACAGCCUCUGGGACAAUGUUGCCCUAUUUGUACCAAUUCAACAACUGCAGUCUGGAAUGAGUCCCACGGUUGUCAUCUCGCUGGUCAGUAUCACGCUCCAGGAUCCUCGUGGCAUCCAUAUCUUGUGCCAGGAGGAUUCGACACUUGCGCCAUUUGCACGUGCGAGUUUCCAACAAGACAAGUGAAGUGCCCUAGAAUACGAUGCCCACCGUUGAAAUGUGCUGAUAAAGAUGCUUACAGACCUGAUAAGAAAUCUUGUUGCAAAGUUUGCCCAGAGGUAAAAUCGAAAAAGCCGGAAGAAGAAACUCCAAAAGAUCAAGCAGCGCCGCGAACCGCUGAAGAGAUUCUUGCCGAAGGAGGGUGCAAAUUCCCAGACGGGCCAUUGCCCAAUGGGAAGGAAGUCCACCCUUCAAUACAUUCGCAUGGCGAGCAGCGCUGCGUGACCUGCCGCUGCAAGGAUGGAGAAGUAACAUGUGUACGGAAACGUUGUGGUCGUGCAGCAUGCGUGCGCCGACGGCGAGGCGACGCGUGCUGCGCGUGCACUCGCCACCGCCGGCAGCGCGCGCACCCGCACACGCACCCGCCCAGCUGAGCGGCGCGCCGAACCGCCCGUCUUUACCGCAGUACGGAGGGAGCAGUACACGCACUAUUCAGCCGCGUUACUCAACAAUUCGGUAUUAUAGAGAGCCCGGACUUGCUUUGUCCGGUGCAUAAUUACGCGGGCUCGCAGGUAACUUUCCAAUCUGCGUAAGACUGCACGACAGCACUAUGUUCGAGUGAGGCGUUUGCGAUGUUAUGCGUCUACUGCUCCCGAUCCUACUUUGCGUCUACCCCAGACUGCUCGUAGGCUAAGUGAGUGAACGCUUCGCUCUAUAGACUGAUAUAUUUUUAUGUACUCGUGCGAUUCGAAUGUGUCUAGUUUAAGUCGGUGGAGAGCGGCGGUCGGCCGCGCGGUGACGGAGUCGAUCGACGGUGUAGCUUUACUGCUGGCGCGACUUGCGACUUUAUAUAAAAUUUAAACGAACCUGUCGGGCUAGCACGACAGGCCGCGUCGUGCGACAGAGCGACAUGAAGCGCGACAUACUACUAUUCUAUAUGUUAUGUCGCACUCGCGCAAGUCGUGCCCUGUCGUGCCAGCCCUACUGUCUGUGACAUUAUCAGCAAUUUACUGUUUCAUACCACGCGCACUAAAUAGUAAAGAAAAAGAAAAUUUUUUAGAACAAAUUAAAACGAUAUUAUACUCAGUCCGCGCCAGCUUAUUAUUGUGUAUUAUUGUACGGCGUUGAAUAUACUUACCCACCGGUAUUGUAAUUGGUAUUAUUUGAUGUCCCGAAAAUUGUAAUACGCGCAUUAUAUAUGAACAUUAACCAACAUUGCCCCAUAUCGAUCCUAACGUACAAUUGGCAUUUAUAUAAAUUUUGAUACCAAGUUAACAGAGACUACCUAUAUUGAAUUGGAACUGUUCUUUUUCAAAGCAUAAUAAUGAAUGUAUAAAUAUAUACCCUAUAGUAAUUUUUUAAAGUUUCAUUAGCAUUCUCUGUUAAGUUGUCAAGUACAUUUUAGACCAGGUUAAAAGGCGAUAUUGGGGAUCCAACCGAUUGUUUAGUAUUAGUCAAGUAAGGCUCGAUCGUUCGGAUGGGAACGGUAAGCGAGCGCGGUCGAUAACGUUAAAGAUGUGCCAUAUAUUCUUAAUUGUAAAUAUAAAUUAUUAAUUUUCCUUUAUGUGCAUAUUUAUUUACGACUUUUAAUGUAUAUGAUUCGGGAUCACCGCAUGUUAGAUAUCACGUCGAACCAUCACAAAAUAUCGUUUGUAUUGAUCGCCUUGUUUGUGCAUUUGCUUUAGUUUUUUAUCUAUUUAGUAACUACAUAAACCCUAUAUAAAUUCAAUUGGAUAUAUACCUGAAUAAGUUAGAACAAAUUAGGACAUCGCGUUUUGAUGUUGAUUAUUCAGGAUAUAUUUUGUUGAAUGCCAUUGACACCUACAACAAUCGGUAUAUUGCCAACAUCUUUAUAAUCAGCUGCGUAUUGUCGUGUAGUUAAUGAAUUUAUGUAGGUACGUAAGUCCGAGGGCAAUAGAAUUGUCUUCAAUUGUAAAUAAUUAAUAGUUCGUAAUAUUCGCUCUAGUUAACACAUACAUUUUAACAUUGUAUACUAUUUUAUACUGAAACGGAUUGUACCGUUGUGAGUAAGCGUAGUUGAUAUGAAUUACGCGACUAGUUUUGUUUAAUUACUAGGAUGUCGGCUUUAUAGUUACGUAAUUAAGAAAGCUAGUCCAAAUGUUUCGAUGUGAUGGAAAUGAAUGCCAUGUAGGUAGAGAGAUACGUGUGUCUGUUAAAUAAAACUUUUUAUUUAGUCUGAUUGUUUAAGCUAUUCCGCGCCUUAGGCGCGACUUAGAGCGCGGGAAGAGAGAUUUAUUUUAUAUAAGAUAUAUUUAUUUUCCCUCAGCUCUAUCAUAGGCAUUACUAAAGCGUAGCAGAGAAGAGCUAUCCAUCGAAGAACUGUGUGUGGGUAAUUUUCAAGAUAGCUUUCACUACCUGAUUUCAAAGCUAAUUUUUAUUAUUUCAAUAUUCUACAAUAUUAUACUGACGGUCUCCGUGGUCGGAUGGCUUGCACACUGGUUUUCAAAGUGUCACUAUUUCUAAGGUCCCGGGCUCGAUUCCCCGCAGGGUCAAUGUCGAAAAAAACAAACUUUCCUACAUUGUCCCAUGUUGCCUUUUCAACUUAUGUCUCAGAGUGAUGGGCGCAGACGCAGUGCACCUCAGAUCUUUGGCACUGCAACUGCUAUAGACAGGCGUGUCGUUUACC